AUCAACACAAUUGACGCUUAUGAUAAGCAAAUUUGUUAUAUUUAACAAAACUUUUACAUUUUUACGUUUUUAAUUUCUUCUUUUCCGCUUGUUUUUUAAAAAAAAAAAAAAAUUUAUUUUCCACCAGUCUCUUUUCUUGUAUCUACAGUUCUUAUACUCCACAAAUCAAAUCUAACACUCACAGAACCCUCGCCCCCAUUUCCCAGAGUGACAGUCAGCUGUUGAAGCAGAAGCAGAACUUAAAUGGGCUCAGUUUCUUUGAAGAUAGGAGAUGGAACCGCCAGAUUCAGAAGAGCUUCUCUGUGUUCUUCGGCCGUCAACGUGCUUAUGCUCUUUUCUGUCAUCACCACCAAUCUCUUUGCUCUGUACGCUUUCACCUCCUUCCCCAGAGAUCACGGCCGCACCAAUCCACUUCACCACACUCACAAGAACAUCUCUCUCAUCUCCGAGCAGGUAUCCUUGAUCCUAAGAGAGAUCGAUGCUUCCCAGAGAAAACUUGCCCAGAUGGAGAAAGAGCUUCUCGGCUACGAGAGCUUCGAUCUUUCGAGACCCAACAUCGCGAACGAGCUCAAGCUUUUCCUCCAGCCCCACCAGCUCCCUUUGGGCAAAGAUUCAAGAAGUGGGAUCACCGAAAUGGAGGCGUCCGUGGGCCAUUCCUGUGAGAAAUCCGUGGAUUUGCUGUCGCAGUACAUGAAGUACAAGGUCUCUGGGCCUUGCCCUGACGAUUGGAGUCUUGCCCAGAAGCUGAUUCUGCGAGGAUGCGAGCCUUUGCCGAGAAGGAGAUGCUUCGCCAAGACUGUUCCUAAGGUGGGUUUAGACCCUUUUCCCAUUUCACUUUGGAAACCUGUUCCUGACAAGAUUGUUACUUGGAGUGGCCUUGGCUGCAAGAAAUUUGAAUGUUUGAGUGGUAAAAAAUUGAGCAGAGACUGUGUUGGGUGUUUCGAUUUGGGCAAUGGGUAUGAGAAUCAGAGGUUUGUUACGGCCAGAAGCAAGAAUGAUUUUGUCAUAGAUGAUGUUUUGGCCAUGGGGAGUGGAGGAAUGAGAAUAGGGUUUGACAUUGGAGGUGGGUCUGGGAGCUUUGCUGCUAGAAUGGCAGAAAGGAAUGUGACUGUAAUCACAGCCACUCUGAACAUCGAUGCCCCCCACAACGAAUUCAUAGCAGCAAGAGGGCUUUUUCCUCUCUUUCUAAGUUUAGAUCAUAGAUUUCCAUUCUAUGACAAUGUGUUCGAUUUGGUCCACGCAGCAAGUGGGUUGGAUGUUGGGGGUCGCCCAGAGAAAUUGGAGUUUUUGAUGUUUGAUGUUGAUAGGAUUUUGAGGGCUGGAGGCUUGUUUUGGUUGGACAAUUUUUACUGUGCCAGUGAUGAGAAGAAAAGGGCUUUAACCCGAUUGAUUGAGCGGUUUGGCUAUAAGAAGCUGAAAUGGGUCGUGGGGGAGAAGGUAGAUGCAGGGAAAUCCGAAGUUUAUCUGUCAGCUGUUCUACAGAAACCAGUAAGAGUGUGAUUGGGAACUGCUGGAGGUAAGAGCAUACUGCAUACUGUUACCUCUUCCAAAUUUGUCCACACAGAAUGUGUGACUGCAUUCCAUUUUGACACCUUCAGAAAUUGCUUCUCAAAGUGGAAUCGGUGAAAUGCGUUGUUCCCACACCUGCAAUCUGGUAGUGGAGGGUGAAAUCUUCUAUAUCUCUUAUGUAUUUUAGGUGGUGUUGUAUCUCUUUAGUCUGUAAUUUAGGAUAAAUUGUUUUCAUUAGUUGAAUCAUGAAUAAACUGUUAGAAAAUGAGAAGCAAAUUUUUGUUGUAUUCUGAAAUCAUGGGAGUACCUGGUUUUAAAUUUUCACAUCAAUGGUACAUUCUCUAUAUGAA